AUGUUUCUCCUCCUUAGCCUCCUCGUCGCCGGUGUGCUGGCCUCCGACAAGCCCGUCUGCCCGGCUCGCCAGUGCGGCAAUGUGAAAAUCCAGUAUCCAUUCUGGGUCGACAUGGGCGGCGCUUGGCACUGCGGUCAUCCGAGCCUCCGCCUGGAAUGCCGCGGCCGCACACCUGUUCUGUGGCUGCCGUCGGGAGAAUACGCCAUCACCAACAUCUUCUACGACGACACAGUCGACGGCGACCGGAGGGUCUCUCUGUUCGACCUAGGCGUCUUCUCACAGCACAACAAAGCCUGCCCGUUCGUCGGCCGGAAUCUCACCCUCCCGUCCGGCUCCCACCCGACGCUUUCACUCACCGCCAGCGACACCAACCUCACCUUCUUGGUGAACUGCUCCUACAUCGACGACACCGCUGGAGCGGGACACCUCAUCGACUGCCUCAACAGCGAGGAACACAAGAGCACUUACGUGUUCCUUGGCGACUUCCUCCCGUAUGACUACACCACCCAAUGCGAGAAAGUCAUCACAGUGCCGGUUCUGAGAACGUCUCUGCAUGGCGGUACAACUACAAACCUGCUUCACGCCGUCGUCCCUGCGCUGAAAAAAGGCUUCGAGCUUAGGUGGUCGAGGCCGGCGGCGAUGAGUGAGUGCGUGGGCUGCGAGAAUGGCGGGGGUUUGUGCGUCCACAAGCGGGAGGCAGGGAAGAAGUCUUGGACGUUCACAUGUGUGACAAAUGCUAGUGCCGCUCCAUGGGCCGUCGCACUCAAAUCUCUAGUUAACAAAGAGGGUACUGUACUGAAGAUUGCAUUACCAAUAAUUGCUGGUCUUCUGAUUCUCACAUGUGCAUCUUUUGUAUGGGCAUACAAGUUAACAGGUGAACGGAGAAUCAGCAAUAUUCAGAACAAUGCUACACGACAACCCUUGGACAUAUUCACGCUCAAUGAACUUGAGAUAAAUAUAGAGCUUCCGUCGAUUAGUUUUGAAGAGAUCAGUACUGCAACAAAUAAUUUCUCAAACAACAACAUGAUUGGCAGAGGUGGUUUCGGGGUAGUUUAUAAGGGGAUUUUCGGAAGCGGAAAGGAAGUCACUGUAAAAAGACUCAGUAAGAUUUCUAGGCAAGCGGCUGAUGAAUUCAAAAAUGAGGUGAUCUUGGUCACCAAAUUGAAACAUAAGAAUCUCGUUCGGCUUCUUGCCUAUUGCGCUCACGAGGACGAGAAGUUGCUAGUCUACGAAUACAUGCAUAAUAAAAGUUUGGAUGCCUUCCUUUUUGACACUACAAGGAGAUCCAUACUUGAUUGGCCAACCCGGUUCAAGGUAAUUAAAGGGCUUGCAAGGGGGCUUCUUUAUCUGCACCAAGAUUCGAGGCUGACAAUAAUUCAUAGAGAUAUCAAAGCAAGCAAUGUCUUGCUAGAUGCAAAAAUGAACCCCAAAAUAGCUGAUUUUGGUAUAGCAAAGAUAUUUGAGGGAAAUGAGCCACAAGCAAAAACUACCCACAUUGUCGGGACAUUCGGUUACAUGUCUCCUGAGUACCUGAUGGAAGGUUUCUAUUCCGUCAAGUCUGACACCUAUAGCUUUGGUGUCCUACUGUUGGAGAUUAUAAGCGGAUUAAAGAUUCGUUCAGUCCAUGUCAUAGCGGAUGACUCACCAAGCCUUACGGCUUACGCGUGGAAGUUAUGGAAACAUGGAAACGCGAGAGGAUUGGUGGACUCCUCAAUUGUGGAAAAUUGUCCACUUGACAUAGUCGUUAGAUGCAUUCAAAUAGGUCUUCUGUGUGUUCAAGACUAUCCAGAUGAUAGGCCAUGCAUGUCAUCCACUGUCUCCAUGUUGGAAAAUGAAACAGUUCCGCUUCUUCCUCCGAAGGAACCUUUAUACUUUCCACAACAGAACCAUGGAACAGGAGACCACGGAGAUAAUGUGGGCAUAUCCGUGGAUGACAUUACUAUCACCGAGGUAGAGGAACGCUAG